CCUAUCACCUGCAUAUCUUCUCCGACAACCACACCAACCACCAUUAGAGUCACCAAUUUCAACAAUGGCAAAACUUCAAUUCUCUAUCUCCAUCACUCUUAUAACUCUAUCUCUAGUAUCUACAUUCAACUCAAUCCAAUCAGCAGCAACAUUCACACUCACCAACCAAUGCACCUACCCAGUUUGGGCCGGUCUCCUCUCCGGCGCUGGAACUCCUCCCCUCCCCACCACCGGCUUUCCUCUGGAACCGAGUCAAUCGAACUCCAUCUCCAUUCCUCCGAGCUGGUCUGGCCGAAUAUGGGGGCGCACACUCUGCUCCACCGAUUCAACUGGCAGAUUUACUUGUGUAACAGGCGAUUGCGGCUCCGGGACGGUUGAAUGCAACGGCAGUGGGGCCGCACCACCGGCUACUUUAGCUGAGUUUACGCUUAAUGGAGCUAAUGGAAUGGAUUUCUAUGAUGUUAGCCUUGUUGAUGGUUACAAUCUCCCAAUGAUGGUGGUGCCUCAAGGUGAAUCCGGUGGAAAUUGUAAUGUUACCGGAUGUAUGGCUGAUUUGAACAAAAACUGUCCGGCAGAGUUAAGAUUGACGGGUGCCGGAGACGAUGGUGAGUCCGUUGCUUGUAGGAGUGCUUGUGAGGCGUUUGGUGAUCCUAUGUAUUGCUGUAGUGGAGCGUAUUCCACUCCGCAGACGUGUAAUCCGACGUCGUUUUCUGAGUAUUUCAAAACAGCGUGUCCGACAGCGUAUAGCUACGCGUAUGAUGAUGGAACCAGUACCUUUACUUGUUCCUCCUCACCCAACUACGUCAUCACUUUCUGUCCUACUCCCGCGAACAGCCGCAAGACCACUGGAGGCCAUCAAUCGGCAGAGAGUAACGGCAGUGGCUCAUUGGCUAAUGCUUUCGGUGUUUCUUCCGUUACCAUUAUUGUCUUUAUGUUGACGUCGGUUUGGAGAUUGUAGAAGUAACGUGUUUUUUUGAACGGCAUAGAAGUAAUGUUUUACAAUGAUAAUUAGCAACUGUUUAUAUUAUGUGGUAUAUUAGCUUGGAACCAUGUAAAAUACUUUGGUUAAAAAAAAAAACAAAAUGUCAAUAUUUAGUAUCA